AUGAUAUGGAGUGUGAUAAGUUAUGUAAAAACAAGACAAUUUGCAUUAAUUAUUAUAAUUAGCAUAUUAUGGAGAAGCUGUGAUGGAAAGAAAGCACAUUGUUUAUCGAUUCCAACGCUUCCAGCAAAAGUUGACUAUUUUAUAAGAACUUGUCAAAGUGAGAUAAAGUCCAACAUUAUUGAUGACUUAGUUUAUGCCACAUUAAAUGAUAAUAAUCACUUUAAAAACGCUAAUCAUCAUGAUUUACUAGUUAAGCAUGUAGAAUAUCGAUCAAAAAAUCAUCAUCAUCCACAACAUAAUCACUUGAAUCAUCAUCUGGACGGAUAUGAAUAUUUUCAUGAUGCACACAGUCACGAAGUUCCUCAUUUUGCCAAUCCAUUUACAUUUCAUCAUCAUGGAUCGAAAAAUAUUUUUGAUUUUCAUGAUUAUGCUGUUGAUCCGACUUAUUCAGCAUAUUUAGAGGGUCAAUUUAAAUCUGCUUAUCCUGAAGUUGUAGAACAAGUCAUUUCACAACGACCACUGGAAAUUAGGAAGGAAAAAGUUAUAGAGGCGCACGAAGAACUAAUGAAUAUUCUUUCAAGUCAUAAAGUUGUUGAACGAGACCUUGAUAGUCAGCUGAAAAAAAAUUUAACAACUUUAUACAAUUCUACUCAAAGUACUGAAAAGAAACAUGACAUUAAAAGAAGAAGUUUGAUUGAUAUGUUGAACUUAAACAGAUGGAAUCCAAAACCAACACCAAUAGUGAUUCCAACAGCACCAGAUCCACCACUUCAUCCAGUUCUCUUGUCGCAUGAAGAUCGAUGGUUGGCUGGUUGUCUUAUGCAAUGUAUUUUCCACAAAACAAAUUCACUAGACAAGCACGGAUAUCCAACACUUGACGGAUUAGUCGAUUUGUAUACAGCAGGUACAAAUGAUCAAAGAUAUUUCAUAUUUACUCUCAGGGCUGUCAAUAAAUGUCUAAAGUUAGUGUCUUUUAGGCAUCACGUUCACAGAGGUAAAUAUCCUCAUAAAACUGAAACGUGUGAUAUAGCAUUUGAUGUCUUUGACUGUAUAUCCGAUUCAAUUGCCUUUUAUUGCAAUAGUUAUUGAGUUGUAGUGGUUAGUUUUUGAAGUUUGGCAAUGAAGCUGAUGAAAAGACUUUUCUGGUGGAUAUUAAAAUUGGUUGAUAAGAGAAUUGAAAUUG